AUGCUCACCGAAACCCGGGGGCUUAACAGCGCAAACCUUGAGCCCCAAGCGGAGCUUGUUCACAAUCAGAACAGCCAAAGCCUCGCCGUCGACGUCCUCGGAGACAAUCAGCAGGGGCGCCUGCUGCUGCAGCACAUGCUCGAGCACGGGCAGGAUCUGCUUUACAUUGGAAAUCUUCUCGUUGCUGAGGAAAAUGUACGGGUUGUCGAAUUCGACCUUCAUGUCCUUCACACUAGUCACGAAGUGGGGAGAGAUGUAACCCUUGUCCCACUUCAUUCCCUCGACUACCUCAAGCUCGUGCUGCAGAGUCUUGCCCUCGACCACCGUGAUGGUGCCCUCCUUGCCGACCUUCUCCAUGGCGUCGGUGAUAAGCUGGCCGACAACGCGGUCUCCGUUUGCCGAAAUGGUGGCCACAUUGAGGAUCUCGUCGCUGGUGGUCACCUCCUUCUUAAUGGAAUCGAGGUACUUCACAACGCACUCUACGGCCAUGUUGAUACCGCGAAGCAAGUCCAUGGGGUUCAAACCGGCAUCUACGGCACGGCAUCCUCGCUGGAAGAUGGCGCGAGCCAACACCGCAGCCGUAGUCGUACCAUCACCGGCCUUGUCGUUGGUGUUAGAAGACACUUGGCGCACCAGCUGGGCGCCAAGAUUCUCCAACUUGUCAGAAAACUCAAUGGCUUUGGCGACAGUGACACCGUCUUUCGUGAUCUUCGGCGCUCCGUAUGGCUGUGCAAUGACAACGUUGCGUCCCUUGGGACCCAGAGUCACAGACACGGCGUCUACGAGACGGUUCACACCGCUGAGAAGGCCCUGACGACACUCGACCGAGUGCUUCACUUCUUUCGCAAAAAAGCGACGCUGUGCGUGAAACACGCUGCGUGCCAACUGAGCUCGGUUCACCAUCUCCUUCAAAAGUAA